AUGCCCCCGAAGCGAAAGCGAUUCGAACGACCACCAGGCGACGGAGGCAGACCAUCACCACACAAUCCAGGCGACUCAGAAAUCGCGCAUCACGAACGAGACGACAGCAUGAACCACAUGAACCAGGGCCAGGGCCAGGGUCAAGGCCGGGGCCGAGGGCGAGGCAGACAUCAAAACGCCGGUCGACGAGACUCGUCGCGUGGCCACAACAUACGCGCCGCGCGAAGGCCCAGCACCUCCUCCUCUCAGCAGACGCCACAACAGUCUCCGGCAGCUCCAAAGGCAUCAAGUCCUCCUGUAUCUAAACAACCACCGCCGCCACCCACCUUUGCGAAGCCUCCUCCUGCUCCGCUCCCACCGACCAAUAACCCUGCCGAGUCUGUAUCGGAAAACGGCACGCCAACUGGAUCAAAUUAUCGCUAUGAUAAUCUCACAGAGGAAAAGAUCCGAUCAUGGGCAGAGCGCGGGCGAGAGGAAAUCGUACAACACGGUGUGCAAUCACGAGAAGACGUUGACAUCACAGAACUGUCCAGCUUGUUCCAGGAAUUCAUUCACGCCGUUGUUGAGGGUAGGCUGGAUGCAACUGAUGCCGGAAAAUGUGUCAAGGAGAUCUUGGGAGAUGAAGCGACAGAGGUAAAUAAGGAUUCCUACGUCGCCCCCCAUACGCUGCUUCUCGAUUCGCUGGCCAUUGUUAUGGAUAAUGAGCCUGAAAUAUAUCGCCCUUCUCUUCGCGACUUUCUUGUUGCCACCGAGGUGUCCCCUGCGCUUAUGCGGCAAGUGCUCGAUGCGCCUUUGCUUCAGCAGCUUGGGCUUAUUCGGGACACGUUUGCCAGGCUCGGUGUGAGGCAGGCGACAAACCUACUCUACCGGCAAGCAAACUAUAACCUCCUGCGUGAAGAGACGGAGGGCUACUCGAAGCUUGUCACUGAGCUCUUCACAACCAGUAGUAUACCAUCACCCGCUCCAGAACUCGCAGAACAGACCUUUGAGAGGGUAAAGGCUCUGAUUGGAACCUUUGACUUGGAUGUUGGGCGAGUGCUUGACGUCACUCUUGAUGUCGCUGCCGCCGUUCUGAUUAAGCAAUUCAAAUUCUUCGUCAAGUUUCUGCGCAUCAGCUCUUGGUGGCCGCGCUCGCAUCUCACACUUGGCUCCUCAGUCUAUACAGGUGGCCUACCAACCUGGGCUCAGCCGGAUUACCUCUACUGGAAUACUACCGAAGAAGAUGAGGAACUCAAUGCACAACAGAGACUGGCCCGAGAUACUGCUUUCUGGGCCCGAGCACGCGAAGUCCACUUGGCAGCAUUCUUCGAACUGGGCGGCAGGGAGCCAUCAAAUUUGGCUUCCUACCGGCCAAAGCUCACCAAUGGCAAUAGCAGCGAAUCGACUACCGAUAUCGAGCGCCAGUGGAUAGAAGAGACAAAGACUCUCCCACCUCCAGGCAAUAAGGUUGCUGCGCAGCUCUUGGGAUUCAAAUUGCUCUUUUACAACAGCGAGCUUCGGGAUAAACUAGAUGUGCUCCCUGCCAACCUGCUCUAUUUGGCCGCGCUUCUUAUCAAAGUCGGCUUCAUCUCGCUCACCGACAUCUACCCCCAUUUGUCGCCCCCUGACGAAAACAUGGAGCAUGUCCGCGAAGAGCAAACCAAAGUAAUAGAGCAGGAAGAGAAGGAAUCGCGAGGUGGCCCAAUGAAUGCUCUGCUCAUGGCGGGUGUUCUUCCUCAGGGCGACGACGAUAAUCCCACGCCAACCAACACUUCCAGGCGAGAGCCGUUGAAGAAAGCGGAGCCUGAGCAGAAGACAUCUGGAAAUGCAGAAGCUCACGAGGACUCAAAGAGCCUUCCGGAGCCAUUGGAACAAAAAGUGAGGCUACUUGUUCAACUUUUGACAAUCGGCGCCAUUCCAGAGUCACUCUUCAUUCUUGGAAAGUUCCCAUGGAUUCCAGAGCUAUUCCCUGAAGUCCUUUCUCGAAUUCAUCGUGUAUUGCAUGUCUCUUUGGAAAAAGUCUUCAACGAUAGCCGCCCAAAGCCCUUCAACAAAGGAGCCGAAGUCGACUGCCCAACCAAAGAAAUCUUCUCCGCAGAUCAGAGUGGCGUUGCAAAGGGAAGUGUUCGGCUUACCCGACUACCAGUUAAGAAGAUCUGGCGAUGGCCAUAUCCGGACAAAUGGGAUACUAACGAGAGCCAAAAUUACCGUUUCUACUGGGAUGAAUGGGCCGAUAACAUUCCGGUCUGUCAAACUGUGGACGACGUCUUCACUUUGUGCAACACCUUUCUCAACAUUUCUGGCGUUAGCAUUGGCAAGGACGAGACUCUACUCUCUAAGCUGGCUAGCAUUGGAAACAAAAGUCUGAGUGAGGAUACAUCUGAGUCGAACUAUUCCCGAUGGCAUGACCUUCUUCGCAGGCUCCUUGUGCCGGCUCUUAGCCAUACAAAAGCCAAUGUAGCCGUCGUCAACGCUGUUUGGGACAUGCUCCGCAGAUAUCCACUAACUACACGAUACUCUAUCUACGCGGAAUGGUUUGAGGGACAGAUAUCUCGCUUACCUACCAUGCGUGCAGUGUUUGCUCGUGCUACUGCAGAGACACGAGGAACUAUGAAGCGUGUUUCGCUUACAAACAUCAGUGAGAUGGCUAAGCAACUAGCCAAAACAAGUUAUUCUUCUCCUGGAGUCGUCUUUCGGGUUGCAUUUGAACAGCUUGAGUCUUACCCCAACCUGAUAGAAGGCUUUGUCGAAUGUGCCAAAUAUUUUACCGACCUCUCCUACGACGUCCUUGUCUGGUCUCUGAUGAACUCUCUUGGCAAAUCUCGAAGUCGCACACAAGCCGACCAUGCACUUACAACCAGCAAAUGGCUUCAAGCUCUGUCAAGGUUCUCGGGUAAAAUUUUCAAGCGCUACUCGGCCAUUGAUCCCAUUCCUGUUCUUCAAUACGUCAACGAUCAGCUUCAACGCGGUAAUUCUACCGAUCUGAUCAUCUUGAAAGAAUUCAUCACGUCCAUGGGCGGCAUUGUCGACUCUGUGGACUUUACCGAUGCUCAGGUUCUGUCCAUGGCUGGUGGAGAACGAUUGCGCCGCCAUACAUUGAUUCGAGGCCAGGACAGGCGCUUCGACAGUGUUAAGAGCUCCAAGAGGCUUAUACUGGCCCUCACCGAUUCGAAACUCGCUGCCCGUGUGCUUCUUAAUCUCGCACAGUAUCGCCAGUCAGCCAUAUAUCAAGUGCCCGAAGAUGAAGCCCACAUUAAAUACUUGUCCGCCGUCAUCGACGAUUCUCACCAGAUCCUCAUACAAUAUCUUGAUUUUAUCUGGAGCAACCUUGAUCCUUCGGCGUUUGAUGCUUUGGUUCCAUCAAUCAAUGAAUUGAUUAGUUCAUAUGGAUUAGAUACAAGCAUCGCCUUCUUGAUUGGCAGAUCUAGCCUCUCGCACCGACUUUAUCCUUGGGGUCAGAGGGAAGCGGAAAGUACAAAGGAGAACUCACAGUCUACACAGGAAGCUACCGACAAGGAGGGGGAUGUCUCUAUGAGCGACGAACCGAAAGACAAGUCAGGUCUAGCAGCCUCCGCAAAUGAUGAACAGGUGGGAAAUAAUGACGCCUCCCCUGGCUCACGUUCGACGACUGAUGCAAAAUACAAGCAGAAACUCGACGAAUCAUUGACACUUGCCCCUCUGCAGCCUAUAGUCGAAGCUUUGAAAGAGGCCGUGCGUCCAGAAGUCUGGCAAAAGAUCAACCCGGAACUCUAUUCUGUCUUCUGGACCCUGCAGCUUGGCGACCUCUUUUGUCCCGAAGACAUGUACAAAGAAGAGAAAGAUCGACUCGAGAGCGAAGGCCAAGCCAUUCUUAGAGAUCGUUCGGACAUGUCCCGCAGAGGCCAAGAGCGAAAGAAUGAAAAGAGACAGGAACUCUUGAAACAGCAGCUCAGCCUCUCCAUGGAGCUUAAGGAACACCGCCAACGAAGAACCAAAUGGAUGGAAUGCUUGGCCGAGCAGUUCCAGUCUAUAUGUCCCGACUCCAAAAUCAAGACCGACAGCCUCUCUGAUAUUUUAUUGGAACAAUGCUUCCUCCCCAGAGCUCUAUUGUCCCCAGCAGAUACCGAGUAUACCUAUAAAUUUAUCCUUGCACUGCAUGAACUGAGAGCGCCGAACUUUAAGCUCAUGUCACUUUAUGAUCGACUCUUCAACGCCAACCGGUUGCGUGCACUAAUCUUCACCAGCUCUGUCAGAGAAGCUGAAUACCUUGGAAGGCUUAUCAACCUGAUACUCCGAGAUCUAUCCAGAUGGCACAAGAACGAGACGACGGAGAAAGGUAGGCACAACAAAGAUCAGCCUCGUUUAGGCGCAUAUGAUAAGGAAGGCAAGGGGCCUAGCGACCGGCCAUAUCUUGGAUUCGCUGUCAGUCUCAAGGAGGACGGGGAACCGGAUACUUUGAUGGAGCAUGCUCAGUUCAAAGAUCUCUUGUUCCGUUGGCAUAAGAACUUGAAUACAGCACUGAAAAGUUGUUUGGCCGGGACGGAGUGGAUGCACAUCAGAAACGCCAUUACCGUUCUCAAGGCUGUUUUGGAUUACUUCCCUGCCAUCGAUUUUAUGGCCACCCAAUUUACGACGCAGCUCCAAAAGAUUACCAAACAAGAAGCCGCACCCAAGACAUCGCCCGACAGCGAGGAAGGCCACAGAGUGGAUUUAUCAGUUGCCGCUCAAGGUGCCAUGUCCGAGCUACAAAAGAGAAAGUCGAGAUGGGUCAUGGUUCAGGCUUUCAGGCCCAAUGCGGGCGGCGGCUCACAGUCGGAAGUUGAUAAAUCGACAUCAGCUGCAACGAAUCUACGUGCUACGGCUACAGACUUUCAGCCACACACCGCGAGGUACGUGAAUCGGUUUACUUCUAAUCAUCAAUGUCUUAUUAAGUCCGGCUCUGACUCCCAAAAUCACAGAUCACCAGCAAAUAGGCCGUCUACGGCUGAAAGAGAAGAUGGAGAAGUCCAGGACGGAAAGUCCCAGUCCAACUCCGCUCUACCUGUCAAACCUUCUGGCUCCAAGAGAGACGUUUCAAUGACUCGGGAAGACGCAUCUGGCAUUCCCCGGUCGUCUACUCCAAUGGCCGCCGGUCAAGGUGGUGCGGGCUCGUUUGGGCCUAGAAACGAUCCUCGCUCCCAUACGCUACCUGACAGGCCGGCACAUAAUCUCCCUAGUAGACCAGAUGUUCCGAUACCGAGUCAUUUCACCCAAGAACGAUACCCUCAGAAUCGCGGACAUGAUCGCCGGGAUAUGAGAGACUCGAGAGAAAACCACAGGCAGCGCGAUGGGCGGGAGCCGCGAGAGACUUGGGAUGGCCGUGAUGCUAGAGAGGGCAAAGAACAUCGUGACGCAAGGGAGCCUCGAGAACCUCGGGAGCCUCGGGAACCUCGAAAUCUCGAAUCAGAUCGACCGGACCGUUCUCGCGAAUACGUAGAUCGGCGCGGAAACGAAACGAUGCCUCGGGAUGCUGGCCCAACAGACUUGCCACCUCGCCCAAGACAACAAGACCGCGAGUGGGGCUCAAGAGACUCCUGGGCUAAUAGAUCCCAAGAUCGGCCGAAUGACACGUCUUCUCAGCUACCUACGGCUCCUUCUGGCCCCGCAGACGCAUCUGAGCCAGCCAUGAACCCUCAGAGGGCGGCGCUAUUUGCUCAAGAUGAUACGGAUCGAACCCGUCGAGGUCCAGAGCAGGAUCGCGGGCCUCGUUCUCGUAGACCAGGGCCACAGGAUUCGGCCGAAGCCAUCAACCCUGAGCGAGCGGCCUUGAUCGAUGAUCGCGACGACGGUACGCACGGGCGUGAUGGACGCGAGAGAGGCCCUCGGAUUCAGUCACCUCGACGAAGUGGACGAUACGGACACGAACAUGGUCCUCCGUCUGGCCCAUACGAGGAUAGACAUGGGCACAACUUUCAGCAAGAUAGUCGACAAGCUGGAAGAAGUGCUCGUGGUCGCUCACCAGGUGGUGGCGGUGGUGAAAACUAUCGUAGUAGUAAGGGGGCGGAUCGCGACGGAGAUCGAGCCCACAUGGAUAAGAUUCGAGAUUCGUCUUCGGCAGCAUUCCAUAGAUCAGCCCUCGGACAGGAGCCUGAUCAUAGGCCGCCACUGUAUCAAGAUCAAAACUACGGACGGCUGAACCCGGUGCCUACAACUACCCCGGAUAUCCCUCUGGGACCAAGAGGACGAGGACGAGGUGCUUCCAGAAAUAAUCAACCAGGCGGGCCGCCGGUGAUGUCAAACCGACCCGACAAUCGAUUCAGUGCCCCCGACGCGCCUAGAGCACCUUCACAAGAACGACAUCCUCCUUCAGGUCCUGCAUCCGGACGCAAUCGGCGUGGCGGCUAUGAGCACAAUAACAAUGGACCAUCAGCUCCCUCGGGCACUCCUGCCGGGCCACAAGCUGAUAGAAUGAGGAAUUUUGGCGGCAGCGGUGGUGCACAAGAGAAUCCACCCUCUUCCCAGGGUAGUGGUGCGGGCGCAUCAUCUGGAGUGCAUCCCGAUCGACUUGCUCAAAUGGGCAGCACCUCCUUACCCAACGCCCCCCCUCCACCACCACCUCCUCCAGGGCCUCCUCCCUUCGGCCAUGGACAACACGGACAACAUGGACAACAUGGACACAGUCAUAACCGCCAGUCAAUGUCUUCAUCCGGAAACGCUGAGAGGUCAGGACCUAGGAUGUCCACGGGCUCUCUUCCGCUGGAGCCUAACGUGCCCACGGGCCCUGCAUCUGGUGGCGACAGACCGUCCAGGUCGGGUGGUGGACGAAGACAGCUAGCAGGCAUCAACAAUAUGCUCCAGCAAGCUCAGGCUUCCAUGCCCAACGAGGGACGGCCCACUGGCCCUCGCUCCAACCCUCCCCGACAAAUGCUUGGUCAUUCUGACAUUCAAGUUUUGGCCGGAGGAGACAUGGCUCCUCCAACGCCGGAUCGCCCAGAAGCGCAAUGGCAUGACUCGUCUGCGCGAGGUGGCACAUUGAACGGAGAAGAGGCAUCAGGACGUGGCGAGCAUGAACGGGCCCGACGAGAUCGGGAUGGCCGAAACGAUCGCUCCAAGCGGCCGUCUCGCCGGAGCAGCCGAGAACGAGAAAGAGGCGAAGGCAAAGAACACAGUGAGCACCGAGAGAGGCGAUCAGCUGGCGGCACUGAAGGAGGAGCUCGCGAAGAUAGGGACAAUCGUAGGUCGACCCGAGACGGCAGCUCUCGGGAUGCAGCAGCGGCAACACCGAGCAGUGGCCGAGAGUCACGACAUAGGAACGAUGGCGGGGCUGGAAGCAGGGGCGGUGAUGAUAGAAGCGGCAAUAGAGUCAACCGCGGAAACCAGAGAGACGGAACACAGCGUACAGAGGAGCAGCGCAGGGAACAUAGGGAUGACCGAGGCCGCAAGAGGAGAGGCGACGAAGCCGACGGGGCCUUGUUAAGCGACCGUGAGAAGAGAGUGCGACGAUAGCCCAAGAAAGAGAGAGAGAGGGUGGUCGAUUUUUGUCAAGCGUCGGUACGAUGGCUCUAGCCAACUUGAUUGCCUAUUUUGAUUAAUCGGAGCCUUCUACUAUCAUACCGCGCUACAGAACAUUUUUACCACAUUUGUCAGGCGCGGAACUUGAUAUCGUUCUGUACACUACUAUUUGUCUUUUUUUUUUCUCUACUUAUUCAUGGUUUUGUUUUUUCUUUUACGGCGGUCUCUACGACCACGAGGGAUCGAUUCAGACGAAAAAAAAUAAUGCAACUUUACAUAUCUAUAUUUUAUCUCUUUACUCACCUACAUACUUGCCCUUUUGUGUGUUUUAUCUGUUUACCUAUCAGAGAGACGGAUAAUGGCACAUUUCUUCGAAUCCAUCGACGUAUUAAAG